AUGGCAGCACAGUGUGUGCUUUGUGUGCUUGUCUGUCUUCAGCCCUGCUGCCACGCCAGAGGUAAUUGCAUUGACACUGUGUCUCAAUACAGCAGCUAUACCAUGCCCAUAGGUGAGGCUUGUUCAAAGAGAGAAACAAGGCUGGAAGUGGUGGCUUUCCCUGUAGAAAAGCAAGGGAGAAAGAAGCGCCACAGCAGGUUCAAGGCAGCAGCAUACUGGCUGGGGCAGACGAUGGUAGCUACGGCAGGGGCGGCAGUUGCCUGGCGAAGCCCAGCGCUGUCCAGCAUUGCUGGAGCGAAGAGCAGAACACAACAACCAGCUCAUGCAAAUUUUUUGACACUUGUUUUUAAGGCUACUGCGAAGGACAGUAAUUCGUAG